AGGAUCAGCUCGCCCACGCGCAGACGGACGCGUCAGAGCGUGACUCCUCCGGUAACGGCCGCGCGGCUCUCUUCACGUUUUUGUUUGUGCGACUUUGGCGCGAGUUCUCCCGGUGUCUCGGUGAAGAGAGGCGCACGCGCUCGCCGGAGCGCCCGCGCCUCAGUCUGCCCUCGUUUCCUCAGAGCCAGCGACGUGUCCUCGCGGGGAUUUCAGCAGCCGGGGGCGCCUGUUUGCGUAAAUUCAGUCAGGUUUGCGGAGGGGCAGGAGGAGGAGGAGGAAGAGGAGGAGGAGUAAACCCCCCUCCGGCGCAACACGUCUCCGAACUGCAGGAGGAAGAGGAGGAGGGGAAGGUUGUUGUUGGACCCGUGCGGAGGAACCAUGAGGAGCGCGUGGAUCGUGCUGACCGUCGCGCUGAGCGUCUUCCUCUGCGGGGACACGAGAGCAGCAGCUCAGGCCUCCUCACAAUCGGAUGACCUGUUCCUGGAGGAGCCCGGCUCAGGAGGUGUCUACCCUGAAGAUGACGACGACUUUAACUCUGGAUCUGGCUCAGGUGCCGGAGGAGAGGAGGAGGAGCAGGAGGCACCAAUGACCACCAGCAUGGUCUUUGUGGAGGCCAAAACAGCUCAGCCCACCAAGACGAUCCUUAAAAACUUCAUUCCAAAAGUAGGCGCCAUCCCGGACAGAGGCUCCAGAAAAGACCUCCCAAGAAAACCCAUCACAACCGAGGCUCCAAUUCCGGUCUCAGAGGACCAGAAGAUCAGUACGACUGGUUCUCCAGGCUCUGGCCCGGGGCCCGUUGAGGUCCACUCAGAGAACCUCUUUCAGAGGACGGAGGUGUUGGCAGCUGUUAUUGCAGGCGGCGUGAUUGGCUUCCUGUUUGCCAUCUUCCUCAUCCUCCUGCUUGUCUACCGCAUGAGGAAGAAGGACGAAGGCAGUUAUGACUUAGGGGAGAGGAAGCCCUCCGGUGCGGCCUACCAGAAGGCCCCCACCAAGGAGUUUUAUGCAUAAAGCCCCGCCCAGUUGGCGGAAACCUGCCAGAGACUGUCCACUAGAGUCCACGAAAAGCCGUGCGAGCACACCAAGCAGCAGCCAAACAUGGCAGAGGUCAAAUGAGAACUUUUAGUAUCCUUACUGAGACUUUUUUCUUCUGUGUGUUUCUGAAACCUUGACAGCCAUCUUUCGAUGAGUUCUGCUGCGGAGCGACGCUGACUGCAGCAGCACAAAAACGCAAGUUUGAGUGGAAACAAACGUCAAUUAACAACCUUAUUUACGCUUUGAAGGAGCGUCUUUUUCUGUCGUUGUUCUGUAGUCCAGACACGGUAAUGCCAUUGGUUCAUGCCUUUCAGUGUUUGCUUUCUGGACUCUUCUUCAGCUUCGCACUGUUUUUGUGUAGGUGUCUUUUUUUUUUUUUUUUGUCUCACACAAAUUUCCUAGUUAUCGCUACGGCUUUCACCUGAGGGGGGCGGUGUUGUUUUUGACCCACACAGAUGCACAAUCCAGCUCGUGUCAGACACCUGGUUGCCACUCUGCACAAGUUUGCGUGAUCCGGACGCUCCUGAAGAUUUCCCAACGCCUGGAGGCAUUUUAUCGUUCGCCCAUGAUGCUUUGCUGGAAGCAAGGCAGCACAGAGUGGCUGCAACCAUGUCACAUGACUUUUAGCCCCUUCCCUCUGCUCUUUGACAUUUUACCUUGUGACCUCAUGGCUCCUUCGGUUUGCCGCUGCUUUUUCUACAUCCAGAGGUCACAUGGUCAGCAACACCCACUUGCACCCAAAGACUUUUUGCCCCGCCCCCACGUGUUUCCUGUAUGUUAGUUUUUAUUCCUCGCUAGUGUAUGAGAUGAUAUUAAAGUAUGUGUAAGUAUAUAUAUAUAUGUGUAUAUUUACAAGUCUAAAACCUUCAAAGUGCCUACGUGGAAUCAUGCUCCUGCUGAGCGUGGGGUGGGGGAGGGGUGGGGGGCAGUGUGACUGUAAAGCUAACUUUUUUUUUUAGUCUUACGAAGCUGACAGUAUUGUACCUGUAAGUUGAAACAACACUACUGAAUAAACAUUGUGGCCUAACGUCA